AUGAGUCGGCAAGAAAAUCGAGAUGAGUGGAUACGUCAAAAAUUGAUGGAAUCAGACAGCGAAAAUGAGUUCCUGUUAGAAAGCAGUGAAAAUGAAGAUCAUUUGAGUGUACGCAGUUGCGGUAGUGAUACUGAACAGAACAUAAGCAGUGAAUAUGACAGCGAAGAUGACGUUCCGAUAUCGAGCUUGCGAAGCCAGAAUCAAAUUCUGCUUGAAGAAGAGGAAUUAGAUGCCCAGGGUCAUAGAUACCCUCCGCAACCUCCAUGUAAUUAUUUUCACCACAUUCUCGCCGGGUUAAGACGUAAGAUGUCAUUGUUACUAGGAUUUUCUUGA